AUGGUGGAACAAGUGGGUGGUGCUGAACCGGUUAAAAAGGAAAAGAAAAAGAAGCGAAAUAAAGAAAAAGAUCGUGACCAUCGAUUACAUCACGAAAUUUCCAAAUCACCAGCAGAGAGGCAUGUUCAACAGACAACACCAUCAUCUGUAGAUAUGACAGUCAAAGCACAUAGCACUCCUACAACAAAUAGUCCCACAAGCACUCCAGCAGCUGACGAUGGUUGCAAAAUAUCAGAAUCUACCCCUUCAACGUUUAUUCACGAUUGCCACUCCAAAGAUUCUUCCCAGUUGGACUUGUCACUUAUGACAAGUGAUGGUUUGUUUGAUAACUUGAAUUCUAUGAAUAAUUUGUAUCAGCAACCCCAAUCUCAGUCUACUUCCAGCCUUCCCAGUACUCCUGCUUCAAUAUCUGGGAAUGGUAGGGCACUGACGUCUAGUGGUUGUGCUCCUUUCACAUGUACGUACAGCAUUUCGGAAACCACACAGGCUAGUGCAUUCACCUGCAAGUCAAAUAUGUUCUAUGAAUUGUUACGAAAUAACGAUCCCACUAUGGCACUCAAACAUCUUGCAGACAAUGUCCCUAAUGAUUUAUUUAUUCCGUCUAGUUCAUCUGCUCCUAAUGCUCUUGGUUCUGUGUGCAACAUGAUGGAUUUUGCUUCUAACUUUUUGCAAAAUGAAAUGCUUUCCUCAAAUUCUUCUUAUAACCAGUUUCCACUUGGUAUUAAUUCUUUAGCUAAUUGUGAUAGCUCUACUGUUCCGCGGAUCACUUUCCCUUCACAGCCAUCUACCACUAAUGCUUCUUCGUUUUUAGUCCAAUCGAACUUGAUCGACUCUAGUCAAUCAUCUACUGUUGUUGCUGCUGACUCCACUUUCGACGUAUUGGGUGGUAUAUUAAAUAAUUCUUGCUAUACACCUGUCACAGAUGUCUGUCCUGCUACCUUCGCUGCCAAUUUUGAUAUGCCUGGUUUGCCUCCAGAUUCCAGUACUCAUCAUGUUCCCAUGGGGAUUGCAAGUUAUCUUUCUGCUCCUACUCAAACUGUUACAAGUAUUCAAAAUCAAAAUGAUUCGCGAAUCCAAAGUCGUGAAUCUGUUCGUACGGAUUCCACACCAACGACUACUAGUACUCCGCAGCCAUGGUGGAAACGAAAAAGCAAUUCUGUUUUAAGAAGACGAAAGCGUCGGAAAAAUGAACUCGAAGAUUUACAAUCUUGGACUGUUAAUUAUCCAGUUAGUGGACCUGGUAUGUCUAAAUCUGUGGCUGAACGAACUAAAGGCCCUGAUGAGCGAACCUGGGAUGAUGCCAUUGGUUCUUAUAGCCAGGUUCUUGGUGAACGUGCCAAAAAGCGGAAAAGAAUGGUCAAACAAGGUGGAAAUUUGGAUCCAGACUAUGUUUUUGAGCAUGACAAGGAUUAUCCGAAUGAUGGAGACAGUGAUCAUGGUAGCAGUGAACCCAGUGGUACCCUCGAUCUCACAAUUGAUUCUGUCGGGACCAACGAAACCACUCACAAUACCAGAGAAAUGCGCUCAGGGGCUGCCAAUCGUUCGUAUGCUGGCAUGGAUGACGAUGAUGAGGAAGUCUUGACUGGUCAUACAGCAUGUUCAAAUGGUUCUUCAAGUGCUAGAAGACGGAAGAAGCUUGAUGAUGAUGAGCCCUUUGAAGUCCGUUUGAAGGAACCUGUGGAAGCCCGCUUCCCGCAUAUACGUAAGGCGUCGGAAUCUGCUCGCAAGCGACGUGAACGUGUGAGUUUCGGUGUCAUGGCGUCAAAUAAUUUGCCUGACAAACGAAAUAUGUCUAGAGAUCCGAAUGCAGGAGGUGAAACUGGAAGCCUUAAGCGAUUUCUCAACAGACUGUCAAAUAUUUUGGAAUCCAUUGAAGAAACAGAGCUUUUGAAAAGUCUUGACGGCAUAUCAAACGUUGAUGAUCAUUCACGCAAACCAAAUGGUGAAGAUGGAUUUCCUUAUGCAGACAAAGAGAGUUUGCUGACGGAGACUGUUAUAUCAGCGGAAGACUUAGCAGAGUUCUGUCGUGAUGCUGCGAAAUUGAACUCUGUGGGUGUUGCCAAUCAGAUUCCCACUGGACGUUUGCUCAAUUUUCUUACGCUCUUAUUACUAAAUAUCCGGGAUGGUGCAAAUGUGAUCGCCGUAUUAAGACCUGAAGAGGAAGCUGAUGCUCACGAAAGCAAACUAUGGAAAGAAGUGGCUAUGGAACGAGUAAUGCGCAGUAUGAACUCUGGUCUAACUGCGUUGUUGCUGAUGACUUCGAAAGAUAUGCCAAGAGAAGUGUAUGUGGAAGAUGUUAUCGAGCGUACUGUACACAGUGUCAGAUUUCAGUUAUUCAACUGUAUUUACCCGGAAUUCGAUCCCGCUUAUCGUGUCGAAAAUGCAGCUAAAGAAAAUCAAAGCAGUAUUAAAUCUCGACGUGCUCGCGAACGCGAUGCACAGAAGCCGAAAUCCAUAAUCCAUCUCUAUCACAAACUCGUGGAGAUUGUAUCUAAUCUAUCAAAACUUGUAAAAAUGCAAAGAUUGACCGAUAGUCUCGUUCUUACACUGUCUAGUGUUGGUGUUUCUGUGUUCUUUGUUGAAAAUGUUGGUGAGCUACAGCUUGCAGCCCUGGAAUUGGUAACCGCAAUAUUUGCCCAGUAUGAGACUCACCGGUCGCUGAUAAUAGAGGAAAUAUUAGCCAGUUUAUCUCGUCUUCCAUCGAGCAAAAGAAAUUUGCGUACCUACAGAUUAAAUAGUGAGGAUAGUAUUCAAAUGCUUACUGCACUAGCGCUAUUGUUAGUGCAGUCUGUAGUGAACCUCCCGGACCCGUCACCAAUGAAUUCAGACAACUCCACUUCCUAUCAAUGUCCUACUGCUGCUGCAUCAUCUGAUGGAAAUACAUUUCAAAAGGCAGAUGAUGAAGUUACGAUUAUCAACUCUUACCACAAUGCUCUUCGUACAGCUCACACCUUCCUACUAGUUUUUCUUCGGAAGUCAACAAUGAAAGGUGAAGAUGACUAUAGAAUUAUAUUUGAGAAUUUUGUUAAUGACCUGCUUCUAGCCGUCAAUAAACCAGAAUGGCCGGCUUCAGAGGUUAUGCUUAGUCUUCUUGGUAGCCUUCUGGUACAACAAUUCAAUAACAAAUCACUUGAUCAAAGUGUUCGUGUUGCGAGUGUCGACUACCUAGGAACAGUGGCAUCCACACUACGCCGCGAUGCAGUAACUAGUCAGCUGAAGGAAAACGAUGUCGAUGCUGUUAUUCGCGAUCUCCUUGAAGGCAAUCAGUCGGAUGACGAUGACGAUGACUCUGAAGAAGAUUCUCAAGACAAUGUUGUUAAAACUGAUGAUACGGGAGAUAUAAACGGUGAACACGAAUCUAAUUUGGAUGUAGAUAAAAAUAAGUCAGAAUCAGAUAUUCAUUCAAUUGAUUCUGUUUCAACUACAGAAACUCCAAAGUAUCCUAAUGGGAAUGGUCACAUUUGUACAAACAAGGUAGAAGAAGCAAAAUGUGUUAAAAACAAAGGCGUAAGACAGAAAAAAGAGGAUAGAAAUAAACACGUAGAUCCUAUCUCACAACUGGAUCGGGUUCAAGCUCUACGUGAUGCCAUUUUAGACUACCUAGCAGCAGAGGAGGCUAGCCCCACAGCAGUCUAUGCCCGAAAAUUUUACUUAGCUCAGUGGCUUAAUGAUUGUACGAAAGAAACAGAACGGGCUCAACGAAAUGUGAUACAGAAGAAGAAUCAGAAUGCAAUAAUGAAUGGUGAAAUCGAAGCAACUAGUGCAACCAAAAGCUUUUCGGACGUUGAUCAGGAAAUAGUUUUAGCGAUUGCAGAAAGAAGGAGACAACAUAUUUUAUCGAAGGUGAGGGAAGCCCCACAAGCUUGGCGGCAGCGUAGGUGUCUUUGGAACAAUUCACUACCACUUAAUGAGAAGCAAAAGCAAUCUGGAAAUAGUUGCAACCCGGAUGCAAUUCACGAAACAACACUUGUUUUCCAAGGCACAUUAGACUAUGAAGACUGUUGUUUGGUGUGUCGCUAUCUCGCAAGCCUUCGUCCAUUUUCUCAAAGUUUUGAUGUUUACUUGUCACAAAUUUGCAAGUUGUUGAGCGAGUCAUCUGUGGCUGUUCGUACGAAAGCACUGAGGUGUUUGUCAGCUGUAGUGGAGGCUGAUCCUAAUGUCUUAGCUAGAGUGGAUAUCGAACGUGCUGUACAUUCUCGUCUUUUAGAUACUUCGACUUCUGUUCGUGAAGCAGCUGUAGAUUUACUUGGUCGAUUUUUAAGCUGUAGACCUGAGCUUACUGCUCAGUAUUAUCCCAUGUUAGCCGAACGUAUACGGGAUAAAGGUGUCAGUGUCCGCAAGCGAGUCAUUCGGAUUCUUCGCGAUAUCUGUCUUGAGCAGCCAGAUUUUCCAAGAGUUGCAGAAAUAUGUGUUAAAAUGAUUAGACGUGUGAAUGAUGAAGAAGGAAUCAAGAAACUUGUUCAUGAGGUCUUUCAAACAAUGUGGUUUACUCCGGUACGUGAAAGGGAAACUGUGAAGCUGCUACGAAAGGUAAUGAAUAUCACGGAUGUUGUUGGUGCUUGUAAGGACACUGGUUACGAAUGGUUUGAACAGUUUUUACGAACUCUCCUGAAAAAGGAAGAGACUGAGAAAGUUAAACCAGUUGAAAAGGCAUGCAAACAGAUAGCGGAUUGUUUAGUUCAAAAUAUUAUGCGAUUGGAAGAGAUUUCAAGCCAAAGCAAUCACAGACUGGUCGCGUGUUUAGCAACACUUCAUUUGUUGACCAAGAUUAGACCAGAACUAAUGGUACAAUACACCAUGGUACUACAACCCUAUUUGUCAAUUCGGUGCAAUAAGGCUUCAGAUGCUCAGGUAUUGCAUUAUGUCGCCAGGAUAUUAGAAGCUACGCUACCGUUGGUGGAGCAUCCUAGUGAAACAUUUGUGGCACAACUUGAAGAAGAUAUGGUUCGUCUAACACUGCGCCAUGGGAAAAUGGUUUUGGAAUCUUGUGUUGCAUGUCUUGGAGCAGUUGUUAACAAAGUUUCAAAAAAUUACUCUUUAGCAAGAGACUGUUUCACGCGAUUUUUCAACGCUCUUCAAAAGUUUCGUAGCGAACUGUCAGAUGAUCCAGAACGCAAAAUUUGUCCGACUAUCCGUCCUACGAUUCUUCGUGCUUUGUUCACUGUGGGUUUAUUAUGCAAACACUUUGACGCAGAUGUUUUCCAAUCGAGCAAAACUUCUAAUAUUCGAGAUCAGGUGUUUGAAACGCUGAUGUUUUUCACUGAACAAGUCAAGUCCGAUAUAGAGAUGCGGAAGAAGGCAUUGUCCGGUCUAGGCUUCCUCUGUACUCGUCAUCACGAGUUACUCUGCGGUCCUCGGUUAUGCAAAUUUUAUCAUGAUCUUUUGCAAGCUUCGUGUGAUGAUUUCAAGUCUAAACAGUGUGAUCACCAAUUAGAAUUAAAGUACAUCGUACUAGAGAAUUUGCUAAAUUUUUUCCUUGAGGAAGAAAAACGAAUGUUAGAAGCAGACGCGAAAUGGAAGGCUAGACAACAUCAAGAAUCAUUAAAAGAAAUGGGGGAUAUCGCCUCAGGUAUGGGAAGCUCAGUUGCACAAACAUAUCUUAGGGACAUACUCGAGUCAUUCUUUUCACCAUUUUUCACUGUUCGUCUUACUGCCUUAUCAGUUAUCACAACAAUUCUUCGUCAAGGUCUUAUUCAUCCAGUCCAAACCGUACCUUAUCUGAUAGCUAUGCAAACCGACGUUGAUCCGAAUAUUCGUAUUAAAGCUGAUGCUCAACUUCAAGAAAUCGACACGAAAUUUCCUGGUUUUUUGACGAUGAGAGCUGCACAGGGUGUCAAUUUAUCGUAUCGUCUCCAAAUCGUUUUGUAUAAUGAGCUGCGCGAAAAACCGAAAGUAAAUCCUAGUGGUUCCUCACAACAAAUUGGCUCACCUGAAUUAUCAAACGUUCAUAAAUCCACUAACAUUAUUUCUGUCCGUCGAAGUAGUCGCAAUAAAGUUGAGACUGAUAGCUUAGGUUCUGAUGAUAACUCCAGAUGUACAUUACCUUCGAAUGUUCCUGAUCACCAAUCUUCUUUCAACGUUCCGGAAGACUCUUUUGGUGCUAUUCGUGGGACCAGAGAUCCCUUCAGUGAAGUCCCUACUGCUCUCAACUCAAAUUUGUAUUCUAUGCUCAGAAAUAAUAAAAGUCAACGUCGUUCUCUACUAAACGGCCUCAUAUCACUCUUUGAUGACUCGCAGAGGAUUUCUCUUAGUCAGUUAGUUUAUGUUGCUGAUAAUUUGGCACACUUUCCAUAUCAAUCGCAAGAAGAACCAUUGUUUGUUGUCCAUCACAUAGAUUUGAUGGUUAGUAUGGCAGGUUCGGGAGUUCUGAAUAAUGUUCGUGAGGCACUUUUCCCAGAGUUAAAAGCAGCUCUUGAGGCUGUCGUCGCUGCUCAGCUUGAAGCUGAUGCAAAGAACCGAGCGCAGAUGGAAAUGCAAUUGCGUGCCGAACUUCAGGCACAGCACGCUGCUUCAACUGAAGCUCUCAGCAGAGGUGAUCAUGCUACAGCUGGUUUAUUCAACGAUCAAAUUCAGCAUACUAUCCAACGAAUAAACAGUCUGAAUUCGUCUAACCCCCCAGUUAUGGGAAGCAGCACAUCCACGACUGAGCUUUCUUCCAAUACCCUUCCUGGACGCGAAAGUUUUUCCAGGGUUGACUUGGGUCCUUUUGAAAUAGAGGAAGAGGAAGAUCCAGUUGCACUCUUCGACAGGUUAUCUAAAUCACGUCAGACAAGUCUACCUAUAAUGCGAGAUGCUAUUCGUACAAGUCGUGCAUGUGUUUUAUUAUUGACGCUUAAACAAUUUCUAAAGGAAUCAUACUGUAUCACUGAUGGAAAGAUUCAGCGUUACUCGCCUUCAGAUUCGGCUAAGUUGUGGGAGAAGCCGUUGACUCGGCGCGUUGGUGUUCAUUUUCAUCCUUUACCAUGCUUAAAAGCUGCUGGGAUGGAACUUCACAAAUCGGAGCUUGUUUCUCAUUCACAGCCGUCUGUUAAAAGUGACCUUAAUCCCGAGGAGCACUUAUCAGCUGAAAAUGUUACCGAAAAAGACGAGGAUAUUGAAUGUACGAAUGAAAUGCAGUCCCUUGUACAAGAUUAUCUCGAUUUCCGUAAGCUGAUACUUACUAUUGAUCCUCCGGGCGAAGAAGAAUUAGGAGCAGAAGACCUGAAUACUUCAUUACAAUCUCUUGGUGGAACAGUCGCUGACGAUCCUUGCAAUACAACUUCAGACUGUGCUCAGUUGAAUAAGGGUCGGUCCUUAAGAACAGUGGUGCCUCAGUUACACAAUAAAUCUUCAGAAGAAGACAAUGAUUCGGAUGACUCAAAUGCUGGUGGUGCUUCCCGUCUCAUGUUAGCUCAGUCGGCCCCAACGAAGAAACGAAAACCAACUCUCAGUGCACGUACCGCUAUAAGGAAUCCCAUCAACCGGAAUACUAAGAAGAAACGUAGACGCCGGAAGCGAUGCACAAUGGCAGCCAGCUCAAGUGGAGAGGAAAGUGAUUCCGCUGAUGAGUCUGAACCAUCUGAUCCUGAUUAUUAA